AUGCCAAGAACUGAUGACCUUGAGCUUGUGUUGAGCUCAAGGUCAACUGAGGAGCAACUGAUAUCUGAGGCCAAUGUGUUGAAUACUACAUCAUUUGAUCUACAUGAAUUGCUCAAUGGAUGUUCUCAGCUAGAGAGUCUGAGAUUGGCACUUGAUUUCUCAACUUUUGAUGACCCCAACUGUAAAAUCAGUAUGUAUGGUAGAUGUGCUGAUACAAGGUGUAGCCCCGGCGUCCUAUCCAGCAUCAUACUCUCAGGGAUACACUACAUUAGGCUCAGCUUCGAUCGGAGUGUCGCCGUACUCCUCGCAGCAGCAGCAGGAGCAGCUACCGCCGCCACAGUAGUGAAGCUCAUCAUGGUCGUGUAUGGCAAUGAUGAUACCACAGAUGGCCAGCUCAAACAACAAAUAAAAUUGUUGUCCAGUUAUUCUCUGAAGGCGCUCUGGUUCGCCAUGCCCAUGUUCUACGCGUCCCUGACCCAUCACUAUUCUACAUCAACAACAUUCAACGUCGAAGACACACUGUUCCUGGUUGCUAUCAUCGUGGAUGCAGCGCUCAUCCUGCUGCUGUCAAAAUGGGGCAACGCCUUGGUCUGCAUCUCAUGGCUCCUCCUAGAGCUGGCGACCUGCCUUCUCAUUCUCUCGUUCAACAAACACUACGCCUUCGCCAUCCUCGCCGCGCUACUCCUGGCCAUCGUCGUCGCCCUCCUCCAGCCAAAGCUGCAGCACGCGGCCGAUAGGCACGUGUUGCCAUUCUUCACACAGGACAUGAUCGGAGACGAUGAGGAGAGUCCACACCUGGGCCAUCUGCUGGACCUGUCACAGGGCAUCGCCAGUUUUGGCGGCCUCUUCACGGCGAUCGCCGGACGCUUCAUGGUAGGGCCUAUCAACGCGGCUGGUUUCUUCUUCUUCUGUGCGAUAGCUCUCGGGCUCUAUCUGUCCAUGGUGGUGACGGUGGGAGCUGUGACUCGACCCCACGCCAAGUGUCUGGCCAUUGUCGUCGUGGUCCUCGUCGUGCUCACGUUUAUCGCUGCCUCCAUCCCACUUGUUGGGCACUCGGGAAGCACGCCACAGGUUGUCACGUAG